AGGCACAAUGCGGUGGGCAUUGUUGGUCUUUGCGCCCAACGCAAUCUGUCACCGUUUGACAAAAUUAGCAAAGCCGCAAACGUUGAUUUGUUUACAUGUGGUUCUCAGCGGAAAAACCAGUAAUGUUUAGUUUCGUCUUUAGUUAGCACUGUUUUAAGUUACUGGCCAAUUAUAAAUAAUGUGUAUAAUACGUUCUGUGUAAAAAGAGAAACAUCACUCAACAUAAUGUCGUCAAAGCGAUUUGGAAAUUUUCAGCUGAAACAACCUUCAACUUCCUACAAAAAAGCACGGUUAGAUAUCGAAACGAUUUCUAGCCAACAGUAUAACCAACGAAAACAGCAAGAGACAGCACAGGUAAAAUUGAAGACACCAACGGCGAUCGCAAAAUCUUCCUCAACCGAUGUUUUGUGGGGCGACGAGGAUGACGAAUUCAUCGUUUUGGCUUCACAAGCCGUCGAGGAAGUUGAACUGUUUCACCAGUCCCAAUCCGGGGACGUAACAUUUGGAAGGUUUGAAAAGGCAGCCCUUCCAUGUAGUACUCAAGCCGCGACUAAAAAACAGGACUCAUGUGAACUGAUGCCUCCGCCAGUCGCAAUACCGGGCCCCUCUCGAGAAAAUCAAGCUCCCAUUGCGGUAAUCAAUCUGCUCGAAGAUGAUGACGACGACGUGUUUAGCGAGCAAUUCGACGAAAACUACGAUAACAUCGAAAAGCACAUUGAUGAGUUUUUCAAUAAUGAAUUCGACGAAGUCUUCAAUUUGGCCGGUUUGCAGAGUAGUGGCAGUGGGGAGAAAAUUGGAGCAGACCAACAGAACGGCCUAAAAACUUCUCCAGUGAAAAAAACUUCACAAGAAGCAGCAAAUGAGGAAAUUAAAACCACAACGGUCUUUAAACCGAAACAACCCAUUUCCAGAGAUGUUGGUACCAGAAAAGUUUUCAACGGCCGACUGCAAACGCAGCAACCGCUAACACAAACGGACCGCGAAAUCAAACAAGAGGAUCAUGGUAAAGACCUACAGAUUAGGUUCCUCACCAACCAGCUGGAAAUGGCUAGCAAAAAGACCGAAAAACUCCAGACGGAUUACAACGACGUCCUGGAGCGCAUUCAAAUUCGAGAUGGAGAGGUUUCCAUGUUGCGUUACGAACUGAAGAAUAUCAAGAGUCAAAACGAGCAACUGCGUUUGGAGAAGAUGAAGGAAAGUGAAACGAUUAAGCAGGAGUUGGUUGCGAAAAUGAAAAGUUUAGAAAAAGUAAUACUCGUUCAGAAAACGGAACUGGACUUUAAAAAUGUCGAAAUGAUGAGUAUGCGGUCCAAACGAAAGAGCCAUCCUUUCCGGUUGAUGGAUAAAACUGCGACUAGCGGUGCUUCAGUAACAGUAGCAGAUUUCAUCAUACACAACCGACGGCAGCGAAUAUUCGACGGAUCAGUUGCCGAAGCAAACAUCACGAUUGAUCCAAAAAUGUUCGACAUUUCUGCCGAAAGUACAACAGUCAACAAUGCGAUAUCGGAGUUCUCUAGAGGCGAUGCGAUUUUGUCCAAACAUUUGGGUCAAAUGCAGGCCUUCCUAUCCGUAAUGGUUAGCGGAAAUGGACCACUUCAAGAUGAUACAAUACUUUCAGCAACCAGCAUAGCUAAUCAAGCCCUGCUGGAAAUCUAUCGCUACUGCGAACGACUUCAGUUGGUGCAAGUGAAGGAAAUACAUAUGGGUGCGAAAGUUGCCUUCGAUUUCCUCUCCAAGAACAGUAAAAAGUUCCGUUUAGAAGGUAAAGCGAACAUCUGCCAGCGAGAGCCUCUUUCUUUAAACGAAAAAGCGAUCAUUCCGAGAAGAUUUCUUGCGGCUUUAGCGUUACUUUGUCAGUUCGUUCCCUCGCUGGCUGUGCGAUUAGUACAACGAGUGGGACAGCAGGAGAGUUGUAUAAACGUGCUGAGCAAAUCGUUGAACAAAAUUAGCUAUGCCACCGAACUGUAUGACCAUCUCGGAAUGAUUGCGGCAUCGUCUGCCCUUUUGUGUAGUCUUAGCCAUCAUCUGGAGUGUUUACAGGAACGAGGAUCACGAGUUAUCGAUUUGUUCAAAUCUAUUGUAUAUUGUCGACCGGAUAGUGCUCUCAUAGUAACCCAUCUAUCGGAAGCUCUUUAUCGAAUAUCUUCCUGCGAACAAUCAAUCGAUCUGGUCAGUUACAUUUGCUGGCGGAGUAAACCUGAAUGUUUUUCAUGGAACAGAUCGUUCAGAAUGUUUCAGUUUACGAAAGAUUCAUGUGUUCUUCAGAUCUAUGCCACCUUGCUGGAAAUUUCGGUACCCCAAAACCGAACGCUCGACACAACGGAAAUUCAUCGGAUGGUAGAAAGCACUCGCAAUACCGUCUACUUUCUCCGAAACUCUCUGGCACGUCAGGUUCGGUGGGUUAACCAUUUCCGUAAGCCACUGUUUAAUCGAGAAUCGCGAAGUGCGCCGUUAUUCUGCCAGUGCCAUGUUCGAAUUACCAACUCCUUUGUUGUUCUAUUCCAUCAGCUACUUCGCUGUUGGUUGGAACAUCCAUUGAGUAUCGAGUUCAACACAAUGGUGCAGAUUACGCAACACGGCACAACGUUGUUAGUUGAUCUGUUUCGAAUUGCCUACCGAAACGAUAUUCUGUUGAUUGGUGGCUACCCGAUACAAAGCAGGCUUCAAGCGACUUAUGACUGGCUGGUGCAGCACCAGAAGGACUUUCGCUUUCAAGCAGUGCAUAAAAAAGCUCUCCGCCUUCUGGAUCUCCGAUUACUGAUGGAUGAUCCGCUUAAAUCUAGUGAUGAUGAAUCCAAAAUGGACGUCGAUUCCGACAGCGCUGGCACUGACCAAGCGCGGCGUUCAAUGUAUGAUGAUUUGUGCGCAGAUUUUUUCACCAGUAAAAUUGUACAGCCCUGAACGAAUGAAA